AUGAAAAAGAUUGCGUUGGAAAGCCAUCUCACGGACGCGGUAAAGAAUGAGUCUGCUAUCCAUAAUCAGAAAUCAAGAAUGCAAUGGCAAAAAGACGAUGAUAAUGGAGAAGAGAAGUUACUAAUGAGAAAAGGUAAGAACGGCUUCAUUUAUAAUGAAGUAAAACAAACAGCUGCAUUAAUGCAUGGCAAGCAGUUGCCAAUCGUUACCCAAGCACAGUCAGCCAUGUCAGCCACGGCCGUUCCGUAUGGGAAUCGAACCCAGGUUCCCUUAAAAAAGUUACACACUUUCACAACCUCUGCUACCUCUCACGACUCUCGACCUCUGCUACUUCUCUCAAAGCUUGCGUUACCUCCUGCCUCCGUCGUCCUUGCCGCCACCGCCUCCGUCCCUUCCGCCGCCGCCGCCUCCGUCCCUGCCGCGCCGCUGCCGCUCUUGUUUUGGGUCGCUUCGUGCACGGUUGGUUGCCCUGUUCUCGUUAACAACGUUCCAUUGUUCCUCUCCUCAAGCAAUUUUCCCCUUCCUCAUAAGUGCCUUCGUCAGACUAAUAGUGUUGAUUGCAGAUAUUAUGUGAUGAAGUUCAUGAAAGAUAUCAUCACUCACCAACAACUUGUGAUCCCAACGAAAUAUUUUGAAGAUUGUCAGUUCGUUUCCUACAAUGAAGAGCAAUUGCGUGAAGUUAAAGAUGAGUGGGCCGCUUAUGUUUUUUACAAUUGUUUUUAGCAUUUAAUCUAUUGGAUAAUUAUCUAUGAGAUGGUGGUAGAUGAAGUUAAGGACGUGGUUGAGAUACUAUGCACUUUAGAAAUUGCUUCGAAUUUAUGAAGCGUUUGAUAUUUAGAUAUAUUGGUUUUGAUAUGCUGAAGUUCAGAAAAUGUUUAUUUUA